AUCCCAAGAAAAGAAGACCGAAGGUUUGCUGCUGAGAUAAAUAUGAAGGGGCUGCAUAAACUGACAGCAUCGGGGCUGGCACUGUUCCUGGCAGCAUCCUUUGUUGUGUUCUCCUGGAGUGCCCCUCAGGCUCAUUUCCAAAGGAGAAACUGGACUCCUCAGGCCAUGCUCUAUUUGAAGGGUGCACAGGGACGUCGGUUCAUCCCAGAGGAGAGCCAGAGGAAGGAUCUGUAUGACAGGAUGCAGCUUGAAACACGAAGCCAAAACACAAAUCCUUUACCUCUUUCUGAAGCUGCUGCACUGUUCCUUAGUUCCUUACAGAAAGCAAAAGAAGUUGAAGAAGAAAACAGUGAUCAUCCUGGCUACUUGACAGAUAAUCUAUCAAACUGGUGAAAUAUUUCAAAUUUCUUUAGUAUUUGUAUUGCAUCGACCCUGAAAGCAUAACUUGUGUAAGCAGAGUGUUUCAUCCAUUCUCACUUAAGUUCACAAAGGGUGACAUAUAUUUGCGUUGCAAAAUUCUGAAUGCAAAGGGAUUAAAGGUACAAGUUGAGAUAAGGGAAUGCAUUUGUAAAGUUCCUGCUUUCCUUAGAUCUUUUUCUAUGUCACACUCAAAAUUUAAAAUACAUGAAAAUACACAGAGAAAUGGUUAAAACUGUCUUUUUGGACAACUAAUUCAUUAAAAACAGUUUUUCAGUUGUUAUUAGGAAAUCUUUUGUCACCUUCCACCCAGCUGUAUAUUGAAGCUUUUUUAACUUCCACAAGAACAGAUUCUUUUACCACUUCACUGCUGGCCCUGUAAGCUGCUAGUGAUCAAUAAAUUCAGUGAGACAUUAAAAAAAUCCAGCUAUUUUUGGCUGCAGGUAUCAGUCACCACAGGGAAUAGGCAGCAGCAUCUACUGCCCCAGUUACACACAUGCAGAAAUGUGAAUAAUUCUAUUGAGCAAGUCCCACCACAUGAAGACACUAUGGGACUUAGAUUAUCAGGGCCUCAUUAAUGACUGCAUAGUUAUUGUGCUUUUUUGUUCUUGCUUUUUGAGUUGCAGAACUGGAAUUGUACAUAACUGUUAAUUAUCAUUCCAUGCUGAUAAGGAUGUAUCUCACAUUAUUCAUGUCGGUUUGUGCUCUUACUGGAAAGCCCUCUGUAGUUCUCAUGGUAAUUAAAAAGU